AUGUCAGACUUCACUUUAGACAACAUUGUUCCAAACUUCCGUCUUGACGGUAAGUUGGCCAUCCUUACUGGAGGAUCCGGUGGGCUUGCCUCGGUCAUCUCACGUGCUCUCAUUGCUCAGGGUGCCGACGUUGCCUUGGUGGACAUGAACUUGGAAAGAACCACCGCCGCCGCCAAAGAUGUCGUUCUUUGGGCAGAAGAGCACUUGAAGGGUUCCCCCAAUGCCAUUGGUAAGGUAUCCGCUUGGGCCUGUAACAUUGGAGACGCUGCCUCCGUGGAAGAGUCUUUCGCUUCCAUUAACGAACACCACGGCCAACCAGCAAACAUCUUGAUCAACUCUGCUGGAUACUGUGAAAACUACCCAGCUGAAGAGUACCCAUCCUUAAACGCCGAGGGAAUCAUGAAGGUCAAUGCUUUAGGUGCCUUCUACGUAUCACAAUCGUUUGCCAGACCAUUAAUUGCCGGUAACUUGCCAGGUUCCAUCAUCUUGAUUGGUUCCAUGUCCGGUACCAUUGUCAACGACCCACAACCACAGGCCUUAUACAACAUGUCCAAGGCCGGUGUUAUCCACUUGGGAAGAUCCUUGGCUGUGGAAUGGGCCAAAUAUAACAUCAAGGUUAAUGUAUUAUCUCCAGGAUACAUCUUGACUCCAUUAACCAGAAACGUCAUUUCUGGCCACACAGAAAUGAAGGACGCCUGGGAAAGCAAGAUCCCAUUAAAGAGAAUGGCUGAACCAAAGGAAUUCAUUGGUUCUAUCUUGUACUUGGCUUCUGAUACUGCCUCAAGUUACACCACCGGUCACAAUUUAGUUGUUGACGGAGGUUACGAGUGUUGGUAG